CAAACUUUAAGGACUAAAAAUAAUAUUUAUCCGUAAUAAAAUACUAAUGAAUAUAUUUUUCAUAAAAGGAGGACUGUAUCUUGGCUGUUUAUGCCUUCCAGUUGAUUCUCGUCAGACUCUGCCUCUUUCAUUCAGUUUUGACUUAUUCAGGAUUCCUAGCUAAUUUGAUUUCUGAGCCUUGAGAUUAGAAUGGGGAGUAUCAAUGAGGAAAAGCUCAGAUUUUGCAUCGACAGAGGAGGCACUUUUACUGAUGUUUAUGCUGAAAUCCCAGGCCAGCCUGAUGGGCGAGUUUUGAAACUUUUGUCUGUUGACCCAGCAAAUUAUGAUGAUGCUCCAGUAGAAGGGAUUCGUAGGAUUCUUGAAGAUUAUACAAGAGAGAAAAUUCCACGAAAUUCGAAAGUUCCCACUGAUAAGAUUGAAUGGAUACGGAUGGGUACGACUGUGGCAACAAAUGCACUCUUGGAGCGAAAAGGCGAAAGGAUUGCUCUUCUUGUGACUCAUGGCUUCAAGGAUCUGCUGCAGAUUGGUAACCAGGCCCGCCCCAAUAUCUUUGACCUCACUGUAUCAAAACCCUCAAAUCUUUAUGAAGAGGUCAUAGAGGUUGAUGAGAGAGUCCAGCUUGUUCUUGGUACAGAGGAAGUUGAUCAAAAUUCUUCAGCAUCAGUUGUUAAAGGAGUGUCUGGAGAGCUUGUCAGGGUUGUGAAGCCACUUGAUGAGAAAGCAUUGAAGCCUCUAUUAAAAGGUCUCUUAGAUAAAGGGAUUAGCUGUUUGGCUGUUGUAUUGUUGCAUUCUUAUACUUUCCCACACCAUGAAAUAGCUGUGAAAAAAUUAGCUGAGAGUUUGGGUUUCAGACAUGUUUCCUUAUCUUCAGCUUUGAGUCCCAUGGUUCGAGCUGUUCCUAGGGGUCUAACAGCUAGUGUGGAUGCUUACUUAACCCCUGUGAUCAAAGAGUACUUGUCAGGAUUCAUUUCUAAAUUCGAUGAAGGGCUGGGGAAGGUGAAUGUUCUAUUUAUGCAAUCAGAUGGAGGACUUGCACCUGAAAGUAGAUUUUCAGGACAUAAAGCUGUUUUAUCAGGUCCUGCAGGUGGAGUUGUUGGUUACUCACAGACCCUCUUUGGGCUUGAAACAGAAAAGCCCCUUAUUGGGUUUGACAUGGGAGGUACAUCUACUGAUGUAAGCAGGUAUGCUGGGAGUUAUGAACAAGUUAUUGAAACCCAGAUUGCUGGGGCCAUAAUACAAGCACCUCAGCUUGAUAUAAAUACUGUUGCUGCUGGUGGUGGAUCAAAGUUGAAGUUCCAAUUUGGUGCUUUCCGUGUAGGACCAGAAUCAGUGGGUGCCCACCCAGGUCCUGUUUGUUAUAGGAAAGGAGGACAAUUGGCAGUCACUGAUGCUAAUCUUAUUCUUGGUUUUGUUAUUCCUGAUUAUUUCCCAUCCAUUUUUGGUCCCCACGAAGAUCAGCCUUUAGAUAUUGAGGCAACCAGAGAGGAAUUUAAGAAGCUUGCAAAACAAAUAAAUUCAUAUAGGAAGAGCCAAGAUGCAUCUGCAAAGGACAUGACAGUGGAAGAGAUUGCCCUGGGCUUUGUGAAUGUUGCAAAUGAAACGAUGUGCCGGCCUAUACGGCAGUUAACCGAGAUGAAAGGCCAUGAAACAAGAAGCCAUGCUCUUGCUUGCUUUGGAGGUGCUGGGCCACAGCAUGCUUGUGCAAUUGCCAGAUCAUUGGGAAUGAAAGAAGUACUCAUUCACAAGUUCUGUGGUAUCUUAAGUGCUUAUGGUAUGGGAUUGGCAGAUGUUGUAGAAGAGGCACAAGAGCCCUAUUCUGCUGUAUAUGGUCCUGAAUCUGUUUUGGAGGCUUCCUGCAGAGAAGAUAUGUUAGUAAAGCAGGUAAAGCAGAAGCUACAAGCACAAGGAUUUAGAGGGGAAAACAUUACAACAGAGACAUAUUUAAAUUUAAGGUAUGAAGGUACGGAUACUUCUAUCAUGGUAAGGAGACAUGUAAAUGAAGAUGGAUCAGCAGGCGACUAUGCUGUGGAAUUUGUCAAGUUAUUCCAGCAGGAGUAUGGAUUCAAACUGCAAAACAGGAAUAUUAUUAUCUGUGAUGUAAGAGUUCGUGGUAUUGGCGUCACUAAUAUACUAAAGCCACAAGUCCUAGAACCCACUCCUAGUUCCCCAAAAAUGGAAGGCCACUACAAGGUUUACUUCAGGAAUGGAUGGCAUGAUGCACCUCUCUUCAAGCUUGAGAAUCUGGGGCCUGGACAUAUUAUAGUUGGCCCUUCAAUCAUCAUGAAUGGCAAUAGUACUGUGAUAGUAGAACCCAACUGCAAUGCUGUUGUAACUAAAUAUGGUAACAUUAAAAUAGAAAUUGGUUCCAAUAUGAGCACUGAGGAAGUAGCUGAAAACGUUGCAGAUGUUGUUCAGCUGUCAAUUUUCAAUCACAGGUUUAUGGGGAUAGCUGAACAAAUGGGACGGACCCUCCAGAGAACUUCCAUAUCAACAAAUAUCAAGGAAAGGCUAGAUUUCUCCUGUGCUCUUUUUGGUCCUGAUGGAGGACUAGUUGCUAAUGCUCCCCAUGUCCCUGUGCACCUUGGAGCUAUGUCAAGUACAGUUAGAUGGCAGCUCAAUUAUUGGGGUGACAAUUUGAAGGAAGGUGAUGUAUUGGUUACCAAUCAUCCUUGUGCUGGAGGUAGCCAUCUUCCUGAUAUUACUGUCAUUACACCAGUUUUUGACAAGGAAAAACUGGUGUUUUUUGUUGCAAGUAGAGGACAUCAUGCAGAGAUUGGAGGUAUUACUCCUGGAAGUAUGCCUCCGUUUUCAAAGUCCAUAUGGGAAGAAGGAGCUGCAAUCAAAGCAUUUAAGCUUGUGGAAAGUGGAGUUUUUCAAGAAGAAGGAAUCAUCAAACUUCUCAAAUUCCCAGGUUCUGAUGAAUUGACUUAUAAAAUCCCAGGAACCCGCCGGCUUCAAGACAAUUUAUCAGAUCUACAUGCACAAGUAGCAGCAAACCAGAGAGGAAUUUCCCUUAUCAAAGAACUGAUUGAGCAGUAUGGUUUAGAUACUGUUCAGGCAUACAUGACCUAUGUGCAGCUUAAUGCAGAAGAAGCAGUGAGAGAGAUGCUCAAGUCAGUUGCUGCAAGAGUUUCAAAUCAGCCAACCGUGUUUCGGGAGAACAAUUCUGUGACAAUCGAGGAAGAGGAAUACAUGGAUGAUGGCUCUGUGAUACAUCUAAAACUUACUAUUGAUUCUGAUAAAGGUGAAGCGAAUUUUGAUUUUAGUGGGACUAGUCCUGAGGUAUAUGGGAAUUGGAAUGCACCAGAAGCAGUAACAGCUGCAGCAGUCAUAUACUGCCUACGCUGUCUGGUUGAUGUUGAUAUUCCUCUUAAUCAGGGUUGCUUAGCCCCUGUUAAAAUUCAUAUUCCUCCUGGCUCAUUCCUCUCUCCAAGUGACAAGGCUGCUGUGGUUGGAGGUAAUGUUCUCACAUCUCAGAGAAUAACUGAUGUUGUCCUUACUGCAUUUCAGGCCUGCGCUUGCUCUCAGGGUUGUAUGAACAAUCUCACUUUUGGAGAUAACACUUUCGGUUAUUAUGAAACAAUUGGCGGUGGAAGCGGGGCUGGUCCAAGCUGGGAUGGGACAAGUGGAGUCCAGUGUCAUAUGACCAAUACCCGAAUGACUGAUCCAGAAAUUUUUGAGCAGAGGUAUCCUGUCAUUUUGCGUAAGUUUGGACUUAGAGAGAACAGUGGGGGAGAUGGACUUCACAAAGGAGGUGAUGGGAUUAUAAGGGAGAUAGAAUUUAGACGACCAGUUGUUGUGAGCAUUCUUUCAGAGAGGCGAGUACACGCACCAAGAGGACUAAAAGGAGGGAAAGAUGGGGCUCGUGGGGCUAAUUACCUGAUUACACAAGAUAAACGGAAAGUUUACCUUGGUGGUAAGAACACUGUUGAGGUGCAGGCAGGUGAAAUUUUGCAGAUUUUAACGCCGGGUGGGGGUGGAUGGGGUUCUUGAUCAUGCUAUGUCCAAAUACUGCAUCUUGAGUUUUACAUUCCUGUUGAAUUUGAAGUUGUGCUUGCCUUGAUGGUGUAUCAGAAACAUUUUUCCAGGAAAACAAAUAAAAUAUUUUGCAAGUUUACUUUUCCUGUAAUACUUUUCCUUCUGUUGUACCUUUCCUAUUAGCAACUGCAGAAUGGAUAUUACAUAUGUAAUAAAGGCUUCCCUUUGGAAGUGAAGUGUUGAAGCCUCUCCGAGUUACAUGUUUUAAAAAUUAGUUCAUUUCAAUGUGGAUUCAAAUGUUAAAUUUGUUUUUUUUGUCA